AUGUCCUUGCACCGACUGUAUCAGAUUAAUAGAGUCCAUAAUGCUCGAGGGGUUAUGCUUGACCUUGUAUUCAGCAGUGAUGAGAAGUGUGUCGUCUCUCCUGCCUCUGAUCCUGUCUUGCCUUCUGAAGCUGCUCAUCCUCCUCUUCACAUCGAGGCACCCGUACAAACCUGUGGGUCGGUGUCCAAUGUUGCAAUGAAUUAUAACUUUAUGCGAUGCAACACUCAAGAAGUUUCCAACGAGCUUAGUCUUUGCUGUGGUGAGGUGUUUUAUCAUAUACCUGAUAGUCAUGAUUUUUUCGAUAAGUUUCAAAAGACCAUUCAUGAUAUUGUUUUGAAGCAUACUCCGUUGAAGAGAGGCAGUGUGUGUAGAUUUCCAUCAUGGUUUUCUCCUGAGUUGAGGAGUGCUGUCGUGUGCAAAAAGAUCUUGCACAGAAAAUACAAGGCUACUGGUAACUAUGGGCAUUAUUUAGAAUUCCAGAGGGCCCGACACCAUUGUAAGAAGCUGAGUCACCUUUGCCAUGCAACAUACAUGGAGCGAGUUAACAACUCUAUUCCCCUAAAUAUCAAGGCUUUCUGGAGUUUUGUCAGGAACUUGAAAUCUGAGUCUACCAGAGCAAAGGAAUAUUUCUCGGAUGAUCAACGUGAAUCUAGUCCUGAGGGUAUAUGUAACCUAUUUGCUGAUUAUUUUGCAUCCGUAUAUAGACCUUCGGCUGACCGCAUCCCUCAGUUUGACUUCUCUACCCAGAUCAAUAUGUCGUCUUGUUCGUUUGGGGUUGAGGAUGUGGAGAGAAAACUUUCUUCAUUGGACACUUCCAAGGGAACUGGGCCUGACUUGAUUCCUCCAUCCGUCUUGCGUUUCUGUGCUCCCAUUAUUGCGCCUCAACUUACAGUCAUCUUCAAUAGAUUACUUAAGGAUGGUAUCACGCCUGGGCCCCUUUCUCUUCAAUCUCUAUAUUAA